GCUUGGCCAGUUUGACUUUGCUGCUGCCCGUGCGCAGCCCUGGCUGCUGUACGGGCGGCAGCGUUCAGUCAGAGGGCAGACGCAGCAGCCUUUUGAUGCUUUAUUCUUCAGCCGCGCCGUCCACAGCGGGCGGAGGCCCCGCGCAGCCCUCGCAGCCCUCGCCCCCGCAGCCGCAUCCGGGGCUCGGUGCGGCGAGUCCCACCUGUGCGAGGCAGCGGGCAGGCGAUGGCGUCCCGCCCCGCUCUCCGUCCUGGCCCCGCCGCCGGGCCUCCCCACGCCGCGGGCGGGGCCGGAGACCGCUUCCCGCAGCGGGGCGGCCCGUGGCCCCCGCUCCGCCCCGCCCGGGCCUGCCAUGGCCUGGCCCGGCCCGGCCGGCACUCGGCACCCUCCAUGGCAGGACUGAGGCAGGGGCACGGGGACGGCGGUGUGGGCAGGCCGCCGCUGCUGGUGAAAGUCGUGAUGGCCGGGGAGUCCUGCGUGGGGAAGACCUCCAUCGUGCGGAGGUACACGGAGCCCAGCUGGCCGCCUGCCGGGGCUCCCACCUCCUCCUACUUGGCCACGAUCGGCAUUGAUUUUAAAGUAAAGGCAAUAACAUUUAAUGAUACAAGAGUGAAGCUUCAAAUAUGGGAUACUGCUGGUCAGGAACGAUUCCAUACACUGAGCACCAGCUAUUUCCGUGGUGCACAAGGCUUUGUUCUGGUGUAUGACAUCACAAAUCUGGACAGUUUUCGAAGUAUAACCAGCUGGAUGAAAGACAUCUAUGAGAAAGCAGGUGAUGAAGUGGACGUAAUACUGUUGGGCAACAAGUGUGAUAAGGAGUCAGAACGUGUAGUUCCAAAACAGAAAGGAGAAAAGCUUGCUUGGGAGUAUGGAAUACCCUUUUUUGAAACCAGUGCUAAAGAUAAUGUGAACAUUGAGGAUGCAUUCUCAGUCUUGACUGAGGAAAUACUGGAAAAGAAAUCCUGUGUAAUUUAUGACUUAGAUGUUGUGUCUCUAAAUGAAAGUAAGAAGAGAAGCUGCUGUGGGUUCUGAAAUGCUGUUUCUUAUUCCAUUUUCUCUUCAGAAAAUACUGCAAAGGAACACACAGGAUUUUAAAAGUGAGCCAAACACAGUAUUUAGGCAUCCUUGGUGUCACACAGACUCUGUUGCCAAAUGUUUUGAUAUGUUUAUAUUAUAUUUUCAUAUUUUUAAUAUGAAGUUAAAACAGUCAUCUGAGUUUGGAGCUGUUAGAUGCAUCUCAUGAUGACUGCAUUUGCAUACAAAUGUUUGCAGAAAUGAAAUCCAAGGUGUACUCUUUUUGUCUUAUUAAAAAGAACAACUUUGUCUUGA